AUGACAGAUAUAUUUGCUCGAAGAAUAUCCCGUCUGGAAUGGCUUGUUCGCGACUCCGUAACUCAGCCACAAGUGUACCAAAUCUCCGUUACAUCAGACGACUUGCGGAUUCUCAAGGAGAUCCUACAUAGCCAAAUGCAUGUCGUCUCACAAGUAGCACAGAGUCUCGCACGGACGAUCGCCAGCUCCAGGCCUCUCGAAGCGGUUACCGGCAAAACACCAAAAUCGGCUGAUGUCCAAGCAUCGUUGGGAACAGGAAAGGGAGCCUUGGGACAUGAACGAACCACUCAGAUCUUUAACUCACUACAAAGGAAGUCUCAGAUCAGACAUAGGCAGCUGGCCUAUGAUAUCGAAAGGCUACAAGACGCUACAGAGCGACUGAAGUCACAGGUAUUUCUCAACGAUGAGUACAUCGGAGCUGAAGCUAACAGUCCAACUCCAGGCUGCUUUAUUCAUAAGGAUUAA